AUGCCGCCUCCAUCGCCGCCAGGUUCCAAACCGAAGAUCAUCAAAGCUCCGGGCUCAAACACUAUUCGAGUGUCGGUUGCCUGUGAUCGUUGCCGUAAGAAGAAAAUCAAGUGUUUCUAUGAGGAGGGAGAAGAAGUGGAUCCUAAUGGACGCACGCAAUGUGCCAACUGUAAAGCCGUGGGGCUCGAUUGCAUUUUUACUGAUAAGCUGGCUCGAAAAGCGUUUCCGAGAGGAUAUACAGAGUCUUUGGAAGAGAGGGUGCGAGAGCUGGAGUUUGAGAAUAAAAAGCUGCACAAACUGUUGAAAAUGCGUGCCGAAAACCCAGAAGUGAAGGAAAACUCUCCAGAGGAACAUACACCUUCAACAACGCAGCUAAAUGACGAGAAUUUGUCUUUGCUCAACAAACAGAAAGUGUACAAGUCAUUGGAAGAACAUCUGCAUGACGAGACGUGCAACUGCGGAAAUUUCCCACAUUCAGUCCACAACAGACCUGUUUCCAUUGCUGGGUCUGUUGACAUAGACAAGGGAGAACUAAGCGAUGAUGACGUGUCUCUGUACUCAGCAUCGAUGUCGUCCAAUUUGCACUACACCCAGAACGUAGACGACCUGCGAAAUCGAUAUGGCUACAACUCUUUUGAGCAGGUGAAUGCUCCAGGAGCAGCGGCUGCUGUGUCUCUCCAAAACAAGCUGCGGACUAAGCAUUUUCUAAACCUUGCAAACCUGAUUGCAACAUCAAUUCCCCGGACGACCGAGGAAACACUGUUUAUUCCUUCUUUGCUGGCCAAAGUUGUGAGCGUUCAUGGAUUCAACUCAAAAGCUCCAUAUCUCACUUCAAAGUCGAUUGCACUGCUCAAGGAGGCAUAUGACGAGGAUAAGAGGCAUUCGCGUUUCCCGUCGAUGUUCGAAAAUGUCAAGUUCAACGAGCUUUCACCCGAGGACUCCAAAAAAUUCUUUCAGGGCCUCAACCUCCCCAACCAUGUCAAUUUGGACCUCUGCAUAUCCAUCUUUUUUGAGACAUGGAACCAAGUGACCCCGGUGCUCAACAAGGAUGUUUUUAUGAGCAACUAUAUCAAGUUCAACAAAAGCCGCGAAGCAAACUUUGAAGACGGAGAGAUGUACGGAAUGGAGAAAUUUGGUGAGAUGCUGAUAAUCAUCACGACGCUCGUGAUGCUCGGCCAGGAGCGCAAUACCAUGUAUGCACAUAACAAGGACCCCGCGGCUAGUCACUCCGAGCUUUUGCAAUUCUACGACCAUCUCAUCAAGCAAUUCAUCCAUUCCAGCAUCAACUCCCUCUGCUCCAUUACUUCCUUGCAACUCACGACCCUUGAAUUGCUAUACUGUCUGACUACUGCCGACCUGAACACCAGCUAUGAGCUUCGCGGAAAACUCAUAACCAUGGCUCAACAGCUACGGUUGCACAGAUGUCCUGCCGCUGUGCUGGGUUACAAUGGAUCCAAGGUCUCGAAACUACAACAGGGAGAACGCAGAAUUCUUUUCUGGUGUAUCUACAACCUCGACUCCUUCAGUGCACUGAUUCUGGGAGUUCCUAGGCUUCUGAAGGAUCACGAAAUCGAGUGCGCUCUCCCAUCGUCCUCGUCCACUGAUGGCACAGACAUUAACCUUAUCACUUUCAAUAAUACCCAGCUGUCUCUGGUUGGAAAGGUCAGUGACUUGGCUUUGAGCGUCAUGAGAUACUCAAAAGUUCUCGGGGCAAUUGUGGACGCGAUUUUCAAGCGGAGUAGCAACGAGCCAAAGCGCGCAAACGUUGGCGAGUCGUCUGCACUAAUUUUAGAGGACCUGCUUGAUACGUGGAGGAAGGACCUUGCACCGUCGCUGAGCUUCGAGAGCGAUUUGAACACAACCGACAUAGAGAAGCUCAGCGAGGGACAGUUGACCCUAAUGUAUCUCUACUUCCAGGCAAAAGCCCUGAUAUAUAUGCCCCUGAUGGCGACGGAAACGACCAAUUUCAAGAACUCGGCGUGCUACAUUGCCAUCCAGCAGUCUGCAACAGCAAUUCUGGCAAUCACCAAGACGCUGAACACGGAGAAAUUCCAUUUCUACCAUUUGCCAUUGCCUAUCAAUGCGUCCCGCCAGAAAGCAAGAUUUGCUCUGUUGGCUGCAAAAGGAGCAUUGGAGUACACCAGAGGCGGUGCGCUUUUCCAGGAUGCCAAAUCGCUACUUACGUCUGUUAUCGCCGAUCUAAAAUUCGAAACUGACAUCGCCUUCCUUGGCUGUUUAUCUCGGCUGUGUAUGGAACAUCUGGAAAAUGCAAUUGAGGCCAUUUUGGGACCUCCAAAGGCCAAUUCCCCUUCGCAGCAAACUGCUGAUAGCAAAAAGGAAAAGAAGAAAAGCUCUGCUUUGCGAAAUAAGCUCUCGUCGCCGAUCAAAAGGGAAGAAGAUAACGUGGCUAUCAACGAUAUCUUUUCGGCCAAAACCUCUCCUUCUCAGAUAAAGCCGCAAUACCAAUACCAAACGCUACAGGACCAGCUCAGGGACCCCUCCCCUAUGCAACAGCAGUAUCCGCCCUCACAAGAGCAACAAGCGCACUUGUCCCAUCUUUAUCCAAUGAUGGGCGUUCACCAGCAAGCACAACAACAACAGCCGCAAUUCCCGCUUCCUCCUGACCAGACAGGGUUUUCGCACCCAGAAACGAGGUCUUAUACGGAUUUGAUGAUGCUCAAUGAUUUUGGGGUGGAUGCCUCGCUGGGAUUAUCAUUACUGGAUUUUGAGUUGGAUGAUAACUGGCAAAAGAAACAGAAGACAGACAACACCGUCAACAUGCAAAGUGUGAAGGAGUUUGUCACGCCCGACGAGCAAAUGUGGAAUUGACUCGUGUAUUAUGUAAUUUUGUUAGAUGUAUCAAAUGCCGAGAAUAAAUACAGUAUUUUAUUUUCCAUCUAGUCACUGAUCAUAUUUACCAAACUCUGGGAUCCAGAACUGUCUGAGAGGAGGCCUGUAUUGGGCACCAAUCUCAGUAAUGGUCUUGACCUCUUCUGGAGUGAGCUCAAAAGAAAACACGUCUAGAAACUCGUCCAAUCUGCUCUCCUUGGAGGUGGUCGUGAUUGGAAUAAUUCCUUUUUGGUCCACCCAUCUCAGUAGAAUCUGGGUUUUGGUCUUGCCAUAUUUUUUCUCCAACGAGCUCAAGUAGUCGUCAAACUUCUUUCCGACCUCAGUCGUUUUGUCACCCUUGGUCAAUGGACCCAAAGGCGAGUACGCCUCGAGCUCAAUACCGUGCUCCUUGCAGAAGUCCACAACACCCGGGGUUUGGUUUUGCAGGAACGCGCUGUACUCAAUCUGGUGGACCUCCGGCUUGACUGAAGCCUCUUUCAAAAUCUCUUCAAUGUCAUCGACAGUGAAGUUGGAAAUACCAAUUCUCUUAGCCAGCCCCUCUUUUUUACACUGCUCCAUGUACUUCCAAGCUUCCACCAGUGUAAAACCAUGGGUUUCCUUCUUGAUGAAUGGGGAAUGUAGGAGAUACAAAUCUGCGUAAGGAAUGCUGACUCUCUCCAAGAAGGCCUUCAGGUGUAAGUAUGGGUUGGCUUCCUUAGACCGAACAGAGUAAUCCCCGGCUCCCGCAAAGUACUUUUCAGUGACAAAAUAAUCUUCUUUUGAAAGACCAGAUUCUGCAAAAGCUUUGGCCAAUUCUUUGUCUACAUUGUAGCACUCGGCAGCAUCGAUGUGUCUAAGGCCUUUGCUCAAUGCUGUCUUGGUGAUAUCGACUAAUUGUUGAUUAACGGUGUCGGAGCCGUACUUAAAGUAAUAAGUACCGCAGCCAAAAGCCAAUCUUGGAAUUCCCGAGGAGGUGGUUGGAAUGCUCAUUUCGAAUGCAGCCAACAAUCAAUUGAGCUGGUAUUUAUAGCCCAAUUAUCAUUAAUAAUCACUCAUGAUCCCUGCGUCUAGAGGUUGGUCUAGACCACAUCCGUGCACCAGACAAGACACGGCCCACGGAGGUAAAGGUGCCAACUCGCAAAGUGCAACAACCAUGGCUCUCCAGCACGGUGCGUGGGGUAAAGACAAUCUCCGGGAACCGAUCCCGAAACCGAGAAAGAGGGUUUUAAGCGUGUGUCCUUUGCGGAGGCGGUGUAGCACUUCUUAUUGUCCUUUGGGCCGCUCCGGCGGUUGAGCUUCCACAGAACAUCCUUGCACGGACAAGCAGUCCCGGAGACG